AGAUGGCAGCCGUACGCAAAGCAAGAUUGUUUUCAACCACUGUUAUCGUAUUUUCCUUCCGUGAGCUAUUUAUUUGAGCCUUUUCAGCUCCCCAGCUGGAAAAAAUGGCAUCAGAAAAUGGAUUACCAGCAGAGAUUGACGAUCUCUCACUGGCUGAUCCCCCGAGCCUGGACAAUCAGUUGAGCCAGUUUCGAAUGGCAUGGCAGCGCGAGAUCAUCGAGCGUCAGCCGUCAUCCAGUGAGUCCAGUGCCCGGAACAGCCCCAUCGAUGGUGGCAUCACUGAGCACAAUGUGAAGGAGCUUCAACUGGCAAAGCUCAGCAAAGAGGACAAGGCCAAGUUGCUGUUUGUGGAGGGAAUUAAAGCUGAAGAGAAUGGAAAUGUCUUAGAAGCUGUGGAUUUGUACAGAAGAGCUAUACAGCUGGUUCCUGAGGUGGAAUCAAUGAUUGACUACAGGCCAGUCCCAUCUGCUAGAGAGAGGAAAGAGAGUGAAAACUCUGUGGAAGGCUGUGUGAUCGAAGAAGAUGAGGAAGAACUGGAUUUGGUGGCUAAGUUCAUGAAGCUACAGGUGGAGUCCAAGACUAUCUGUCAGCCUGAUUGGGAACAGAGGUCUGUCCACAUAUCUGUCCUACCUGUGGAAGUUCUGGUCUACAUCUUCAAAUGGGUCAUCACUAAUGACCUUGACAUGAUAGCCCUGGAGAAUGUUGCAAUGGUGUGUCGAGGCUUUUACCUGUGUGCCCGUGAUGAUGAGAUCUGGAGACGUGCCUGUCUCAAGAUAUGGGGAGUCAACACUGGAAAGAGCAAAAAAUAUGGGGGCUGGAGAAACAUGUAUAUUGAAAGACCUCAUCUCAGAUACAAUGGCUGUUACAUCAGUAAGGCAUCGUACGUGCGUCCAGGAGAGAGGAAUGUGGACAACCUUUACCGGGCAUGGCACACGGUGGAGUACUACAGAUAUUUGAGGUUCUUCCCUGAAGGUACGAUCCUGAUGAUAACAAGCCCUGAAGAUCCUGUAAAAAUCUUACACAAACUGAAACACAGAGGAGGCAAACCGCAGGGCUUGUUACGGGGAGUGUACAGGAUGACGGAUAAUAAGGUAACGGCAGUGCUGAAGAGAGUGAAGACGGAGUACCUGACAUCUGGCUAUGCUCGUUACAAGCGGCGACUUCUCAAUGUUAACCAGAACGAACCAGAGAGGACCUUCCACCUCGAGCUGGAGGUUUGUAACGCUGGGAGAAGGAAGUAUGCUCAGAUGGUAUGGACCCAUUACUCUGUACAUCAGCUGAGGAGGUUAACUGGUGAGGAGUCUGUGGCGGAGUUUGAUCUCAACAACAAGACAUAUCCACCAUUGUACUUCUCUCGGGUCAAAAGCUACACCGCCUCCGCAGAUCGCCCCCUACAGUGAUUGAGAGCCUCGAGGAGAGAUUUGGAGAUGGUCCCUUAAGUGGGUCUAUAAAGAUGGAAUUUUUGGUCAGAAACCCUGCACAAAUGGUUAUUUUUAGUUGACCCCUCCUAUGGUUGUGUAUACUUAAAUUUUUAGAGGAUUUCAAGAAUUUGUUGACUCGUAUGGGUGUCUUUUAUUGAGUUAUCAUGUACAGAACCAGACACAACCAGAGCUUGUUUUCACAUGGUUUUUUGAAAAUAAAUGACAAACGUUGAUAAAAAUUGUUUUCAAUAAUGGUAGCUAAUUACUGAGUUAUUCAUGUACAUGCCUAUUUAGAGGUUUUGCAAAGAUUUAUCAGCAUUUUGGAAAAGAUUUUCAGUGAAAGAUUGUAAGCCUGUAAACCCUAGCAACCUGUAAUUGCAACCAUCACAGGUCAUAAUGAUAAAAAAUUUUUAGUUUUGAUAAUUUUAAUAAAAGUUAAUAUCCCAAAGCCCUUAGGUUAAUAUGGCUGCCGGCCUAGUGGUUCAUAUUCUAUAUAUGGCCAAAGAACCUCUUACCAAUGUGAUCCCGGUGAGUUCAAGCCCAGCUCGUUCUGGCUUUCUCUCUGAUAACACAAGGAAAGGUCUGCCAGCAACCUGUGGAUGUUUGUGGUUUUCCUCAGACUCAGUCUGGUUUCUUCCCACCAUAAUGCUGGCCGCUGUCGUAUAAGUGAAAUAUUCUUGAGAACAGCAGAAAACAGUUAUCACUUAUAUAAAUCAAUUUUGACAGUUUCACAGUAACUUGAAGAUUUUCAAGACUUUGUAGAUUUACUGUUGCUGUCCUUGUUCUUUUGUACUCAUCUUUCACAACGCCGCCCCCCCCCCUACAAUAUCAGACUGAUAAAGAAACAAAGUGAAAACUGUUUAGACUGUGAAAAUCAUGUGUGCAUUUGAUUGGUGUUUUUGCUGGAGUCAUUGGCAGUUUGCUGAUAUAAUAACAAUAAUAAUGCUUUAUUUUCUGAGGGAGAUCAAUAAGGUAAAAAACCAAUAUGAUAGUGUUUUAGCUAGUUUUUAGAGGAAACUUGAGGAAACCACUGUCUCAUCUCUAGAUACUUUCAUGCUGUUACUAUCUUAAAACUUCGAAGAAGUUGAAUUUGAAUGAAAACAGUCACAGUAUUGAAUUUUAGUCGACAGCUUUAUGUCAGGACGUUUGUCAGGAACCUGACGAAGCGCAAUGGUUUCCUCCGGGCACUCGGGUUUCCUCCGGGCACUCGGGUUUCCACCGGACACUCAGGUUUCCUCCGGGCACUCAAGUCUCUUCCGGACACUCAAGUCUCCUCUUGGCAUUCAAGUUUCCUCCGGACACUCACGUUUCCUCUGGGCACUCAGGUUUCCUCCAGACACUCAGGUUUCCUCCGGGCACUCGGGUUUCUUCAGCUUAUAAACCUGACUACCAUCUUAUAAAUGAAGAAUUCUUCAGCAUAAUUCACUUUAAACAACAAUCAAAUGUAUAAAUAAAUUUUUGUUUUUGUUUGCAAGAUUUUUUGUUUGAAUUUAAAAGCAUUGCGGGGCCUCCAUGGCUCAGUUGGUUAGCGCGCUAGCGCAACGUAA